ACAGUGACAGAAUAAUAAUGUUUAUAGGCGUAUGUUACCUUUCGAAACAAACAUAAAAUUGCUUAUAAAAACAAAUUGUAGAUGGUUAGAAUUUUUUAAUUUAACUGUUUGUAAUUUAUUUUCUGAGUAGUUAUCAAGACAAUGUCAGCCAAGAAUAAUGUGUCGGUUGAUGCUCGGCAAGAAUUAGCCGAACUCGUUAAAAGAAAAGCAGAAAUUGGGGAAACCCUGGCAAAUCUUGAAAGACAAAUUUAUGCUUUUGAGGGUUCCUACUUAGAAGAUACGCAGUUAUAUGGCAAUAUAAUUCGUGGCUGGGAUCGGUACUUAUCAAGUAACAAAACCACAAAUUCAAAAGCCGAUAAACGUAACAGAAAGUUUAAAGAAGCCGAGCGUUUAUUUUCAAAAUCAUCAAUUACGUCAAUGGCGGCAGUUAGUGGAAUUGUUGAUCAAAGUCAGGAGAAAAUGGAACCACACAGCGAUACUGAAUCUCAAACAAAUGAAGAUUCUAGUGAUACUAACCUAGGUCCAAAUUCAAAUCACAUAGACUCUGGGAUGAAAAAUGCUGGAAAACAUUCGACAAAUUCAUUGAACGGAGUACAGAACGGUCUCGAUCAUCGUAAUAGUCCAAACAGAGACAUUUCUGCAAAACAAAAAAGUUUUAGUGCAAGUGCUAAGAAAACAAAUAACAAAAAAGCGAGGCACAGAUGACUGUCGUGAGAGUUUUUCUAUCUUUAUUUUGUUUAGUGUUAUACUUUGAGAUUUACAAAAUGUGUUCAACUAAUUUCACAUGUUUCAUCACUAAGUGUGUUUUUGACUUGUACAUUUUAAAAUCAAGUACCUGCAUUUUUGGAAUUUUAAGAAUCCUUGCUAAUAAGUGUAAUUUUUCAUUAUGAAAUAUAUUGUAAUAAAUAUAACAACAAAAUUAUAAUUUCUUUAUUUAUGGUAAAUGUUGAGUUGUUUUCAUAGAGAAAAAGUUUUCUACGAGAUUUUGGUUAUUUUUAGCGGUAGUUUUGUCAGUUUUACAAUUUAGUUUUAUGCCGCACCUUGUAAAUAGUGAUCUGAAAGGGAUUUAGGAGGUAAAUAUCGCUCGCAACAGUAUACUUAUGUGUCAUGGUCAUGGUAGCGGAAGUUUGAAAGACCAUUAACAAAUUCGUAUUUUCGUAUAGUAUGAUAAUUGGUUUACAUAUUUCCGUAAUAAAUAUUAUUUUAUAGAA